CGCCACUAAAAACCCCGCCGGGGUUUUGGACCCAUGGUGGCUUCAGCCUUUCGAUAGCCACAGGCUGCCGGGUUGUGACCAUGGCAGAAGGCGGAUAUCCUGCCACUGUGGUCAUCGGCUGUGGUGACUGCGAAUGGUCCAAGAAGACGUUUCAGCUGAAGCCCCAGCGGCGGAACAAGGUCAUCCGAGUGGGACGCAGCCCACACAGUGAUGUGCUCUUUGGGAAUCCCAACGUCUCGUGGAAUCACAUGACGGUGACACUUCAUAGAGGGAGCAAAAGCGGAGGCGUUCCGCCCCACGUCACCGUGAAAGACGUGAGUUCCAGUGGCUCCGCAGCCAAGGUGAAAGGCCGCUCCUGGGCGAGAUUGGCCAAGAACGUGGAAACGCCCAUUGAAAGUGGCGCGAUGUUCGCGCUGCCAGUGAGGAUAAAGCCCAAGGUGGGUGAAGACUUGGAGAAAAUCCGGUGCACCUUCAGCGUGUACUUCUUCGAAGAAGAACCAGCAGGCGGCUGGAAAGCACCUAGCAUUUCUUCCAAGGAGUACACGUCCUUGCACUCUUUACCCACCUGGGACACUGGGGAGGAAACACCUUUCGUAGCGGAGCAAAAAGCGGUGGCUGUCAAGGAGCCGCCUGUCCCAGUACCAGAGCCGCAGGCCGAGGCCGAGGCUCAAGAAGCACCGCAAUUUG